AUGUCCGUCUCCCCUCUCUGCGAUCAGCUGAAGCGCAUCGAGAAGGCGUACUUCUACCAGCCGGGCAAGAUGACGGAGGUGCAUGCGAUGAGUGGCACCGUGAGUCCGCACAUAGAGAAGCGUGACUACUCGCGCCCGUUUUGCCUAGUCUCCGGUAACGGGAAUCGUCCGCUGGCAGAGGCGGUGGCGCUCCUGAUGGGCACUCACACCCACCACACGUCUGUGACGCAGUACUCUAACGGCGAGGUGAACGUGCGUAUCAACGAGUGUGUGCUCGGCGCUGAUGUCUACAUAAUUCAGAGCACCACCGGAAACGAGAUUAUCGACAUUAAUACGGCGCUCAUGGAGCUGCUCCUGCUGAUCCGAAAGAUGCGUCUGAGCAAUGCAAAGAGUGUGACCGUCAUCGCCCCCUUUUUCGGGUACGCUCGCCAAGACCGAAAGACGAGCCUACGCGGCCCCAUCUCCGCCUCCGUGGUCGCGCGCAUGGUCGUGAAGAUGGGCGUAAACCGUCUUGCCUCUCUGGACCUGCACUCGAACCAGAUUCAAGGUUUCUUCGACAACAUUCCGGUGGACAACCUUCUCAUGGCGCACGAGUUUGCGCGGUACCUGCACGACCAGCCGUGGUUCAACGUCGAUCAAAUGGUGGUUGUCUCGCCUGAUGCGGGUGGUGUGGAGCGGGCAAAGCAGCUGGCCGAUAUUCUGCAGGUCGGCCGCAUCGUCACCAUCGUGAAGCGGCGCAUUGCGGCUGGAAAGGUGGACACAAUGCAGAGCGUGGGUGAGGUGGCCGGCUUCACCUGUAUCAUCGUAGACGACAUGAUCGACACCGGCGGCACACUGGUGAAGGCAUGUGAGCUUCUGAAGGAACUCGGCGCGGUGCGCGUGAUGGCGUGUUGCACGCACGGCAUUCUCACAAACCCCUGCUCGGAUCGCAUCAACAACUGCAGCGCCCUUGAGCAGCUGGUGGUGUCCGACUCCAUCCCGCAGGAGGAGCACCAAAAGGCGAUCCCCAAGUUGACGGUGCUCACCAUUGCACCCCUUAUCGCGGCCGUCAUUCACCGGUACUUAAACGAGGAAAGCGUCAGCUCCCUCUUCCCUCCCUCACUGGCGGGAUAG